UUCAGUUAUAUUUUAUUCGCCGACUUGAUCGCAUGGAAGCUGCAAAAAUGUCAAGGCUUUUAAUCAUUUUUGUGCUCAGCUUUGCAACGCUGAAGGUGGCACAUUGUGACGAAACGGAGGAGGUUCGCCAUUUGUGUCACCAGUCUAUGACUGUAAGCUACACAGAAGAAGUUCCCAAACCACUGAGUGAAUUCGGUGACUUAGAAAAAUAUUUCAAAGAAUUGGGAAUACCCGGCGGGACUAAGACAGUGACCAAAACCAGGCUAGAGGAAGAGCUGGUUUGUUGCCCUGGCUAUAUAAAAUCGGACGCAGGAGACUGUGUGUGGAUUCAGACGACAACCGAGACAACAACUGAGACAACAACCGAGACAACAACUGAAGAAUACUACACUUCUACCGAACUAAUUGGCUCUACGGAAAUGGAUCAGCCUUCACAAGGCUCAGAAUUUGUAUCAUAUCUAUUGUAUCUCGUAUUGGCAAUUGGCGUUUUGAUCAUUUUCGGGGCUACUGUAUAUUUUAUCCAAAAACAAAAGUCAAAAAGAGAUCAUAUUAAAAUGGAAAUGGAAAUGGAAAACGCUUUAAUAAACAUAACAUAAAAAACAAGAAAUAAUAAUUAAAUAUAUAAUAUAUAAAAAGUCAUUCACUAUUUAACAAAAUCAAGAAUGAAAACAUUUCUGUAAAAUACCUCUCUUAUACAUUCACAAGCUGUGUAUGCAUUUCACAAUUGUAUGAAAUGCUUAAUAACAAUAAAAUUAUUUCAUGUUUCUCUAAAGAUAAA